AGAGGAAGAUUGGCACAGAUGCUAGCUCAGGGCGAAUCUUCCUUAGCAAUAAAUAAAUAAAUAAAUAAUCCACUAUGCAACUAACUAUUAACUAAGAAAGUCUUGUUAUGUGGAAGCUGAAUUUUUUUUUUAGUGAAAGGAGUUGCCCUUUGAAAGAAGUCAGCUCCAGAGACUAAGUAGCGGUAGCAAGACACCCGAGAUUGCUGGAGAAGGAAUCACCUUGGUGGUCCCUCUUUAUUGUGCAGAUACAGGGCAAUGGAGCACCUGUUGUCCAUGUAGAAGGAUACCCAGACCACUCUGUGGCUUGACAAAGGCCAUCCUUCCCCGGACCUUCUCCAUGUGCAGUCAGGUGUCUCGGGAGGUGUGGGGCAUUGGAUCUCACCGCUUCCAUUUUGAGGUUUAGCGUAAAUAGAACUCUCUCAGGGAUGGAAGUCAGCUGGUAGGAAAGGAUGUCAAAGGCCCCAAAGAGGGAUCUCACCAUUGGGGAAGUCCCGAACAGUGACCUGGACACCACGCCAGGGAUCAGGUUUCGUCCUGGCACAGCGUAUGCCUGAGGCUGGAACCUGUCCCCUUCCUAGCCCCCACCACCUUGGCACGGCAGGUGAUCUUUGGGAUUGGGGACAGCCACUGCAGAUAUGACUGUAGCUUUAAAAAUUGCCCCUUUGGGAACCCAAGAGCAAUGAAUCGGGUCCUGAGGACUGCAGCCAUCUGAACCACUUGCAGCACCAGCCAAAAAACGUUGAGAUUGUGUGGCACCAGGCUGCAGCACUGCCAGACUGGGUCCGAGCACUGGGGAUUCUUCAUUUCACUUCCAGGCAGGCUUCUGGAAGCACAAUGGCCGAUUUGGACUGAAAACACUGAUUACUUGAGAACAAUUGUGCUGUGGCGGCUGAGGCACUUACAAAAAGAUUGGACUUCCUGCUCAUCUGAGAUAGGAAGCUUGAAAUGAUUUGAAUUUGAAGGAAUAAGCUAUUUGAUCUAUCUUACCUCAUAUUGCCUCCACUGAUUUUGGCAGCUUUACCAAAUCAGUGGGACCAUGUUCAUUUAAAAGAGGUUUAAAGAGGACUCUGGUGACAUUUCUGCAAAAGCCUAGAAAAUUUUAUUUGAUUACAAAUCAACACUUGUCACCAUGUAGUUGGCAAGAUUUUUAUUUCUAACAUGACUGACAAUGAAAAACCAAAAGGCUAAUUUCUGAAGUUUGUGUUAUUCUUUUCUAAGUCAAGAAAACAAAAGCAUCAUCUGCUAGACAAAUCAAGGUAUCCACAUCAGAUACUUAAGGCAUGAUUCUUCAGAAGAGUGAAAACAAAGUUCUGGCUCUUCCUGAGCUUUGAGAAUUGGUCCCACCGUUCAAGUCAUUCAUCUUCAAGAACUGUUUCAUUUGCAACACGUUGGUGACAACACCCUGGCUUUUGAUCAGAUUAUGGGAAGCAAUCACUUCACAAGCAAGGAGCUUUUAACCCACUUUCCUGGUCCUGCUGUGGCUAGGACAUCUUAUAUCUGUGCAGUGCUCUUUGUGUUAUAAAGGACAAAUCACUUCUCUGAGCCUCGGGUUCUUCAUAUGAUGAAACUAAUCAUAUCUCCCUUAUGGAACCGUUGCAACGUUUAAGUAAAACAGCGUAUAAAACACAAUGGCCUGAAGCAUGACUUUCAGAGAUUUGUGACUGCUUUGUCCUGAUACGUGUUAAGUCUGUUCAGAAGAUGGCUGAUCCUUGGCAAGAGUGCAUGGAUUAUGCAGUAACACUAGCAAGACGAGCUGGAGAGGUGGUUCGUGAUGCCCUGAAAAAUGAAAUGAAUGUUAUGAUUAAAAGUUCUCCAGCUGAUUUGGUAACUGCUACUGACCAAAAAGUUGAAAAAAUGCUUAUCUCUUCUAUAAAGGAAAAGUAUCCAUCUCACAGUUUCAUUGGUGAGGAAUCCGUGGCAGCUGGGGAAAAAAGUGUCUUAACCGACAACCCUACAUGGAUCAUUGACCCUAUCGAUGGCACAACUAACUUUGUACAUAGAUUUCCUUUUGUAGCUGUUUCGAUUGGCUUUGUUGUAAAUAAAAAGAUGGAGUUUGGGGUUGUGUACAGCUGCAUGGAGGAUAAGAUGUACACUGGCAGGAAGGGAAAAGGUGCCUUCUGUAACGGGCAAAAACUGCAGGUUUCACGACAAGAAGAUAUUACCAAGUCACUCUUGGUGACAGAGUUGGGCUCUUCCAGAACACCUGAGACCGUGAGAAUUGUUCUUUCUAACAUGGAAAAGCUUCUUUGCAUCCCCAUUCACGGGAUCCGAGGCGUUGGAACAGCAGCUGUUAACAUGUGCCUUGUGGCAGCUGGGGUUGCGGAUGCAUAUUAUGAAAUGGGGAUUCACUGCUGGGAUAUGGCAGGAGCUGGCAUCAUUGUUACUGAAGCUGGUGGAGUACUCAUGGAUGUAACAGGUGGACCAUUUGAUUUGAUGUCACGAAGAAUAAUUGCUGCAAGUAGUAAAACUUUAGCAGAAAGGAUAGCCAAAGAAAUUCAGAUAUUGCCUUUUCAAAGAGACGAUGAAGAUUAAUUAUGACAGCCUCAUAUGAUCAAACACGGUUGCGUCUCCCCAGAUUUGCUGACGCACUGAAGGUGUUAGAAAAUUUAGGACACCUGUUUCAGAUAUAUAAUAUAAUGGGCUUAAAUUGUUGUCAAUGUCCAGACUAAAAAAUUGCAACUUGUUUCAUAUUUUGCUAAGACAGUAUGAAAGAGUAGAUGAAAUGUUUGUUUUAUUGUUUUAAAAGAUUUUGCAUGUAAGAAAAUCCUUCAGGAAAAAUACACAGGCAGUUGAUGAGAUAGUUACCAUAUCAACUGAGAUAGCUAGCAACGUAGUUUUUAGGUAUAUCUGAGCUUCUGAAAUUUUGACUUGCUAUUUAUACACAUAACAUUCUUAAUUUAGAAAGUUAACUUUUUGGAACAAAUUUUCUCUUGAGUUCCAAGAGCCAUGUUGAAUUAAGCUUGUAAGAGUAGAACGAGUGUUUCCCAGACCGAGGUUUCUUUCUCUGCAGAGAACCUUGCUGUACUCGUCAGUGCGCGUGUGGCACUUAGCACAGUCCUUGUCCCACGAAGGCAGUCCAGAAACAAGCACUGAAAGAGUGACUGGUUCACAGGUCGCAGUUCCUAGUUAGAACAGAUAAAUAAGUCGUGAGCGCACUGUUCUCUGUUUUUACUUCAGGUUUUGAAGUAAAAAUCAUCUCAUCCUUUUCAUAUUUCACAUUACCAUUCCUUUUAACAUUUCAUAUUGCUGUGCCAUUUCAGUUACUGUAAUGCCAGAUAUCAUUCCUAAUGGUGGACAUUUCUGCAGUUGAUAUACUUUUCAAAACACUGCAUUACAGUCUUUGGAUUCCUUUGAAGUCCCUCUGUAAAAGCGAGGAAACUGGUUCCAAAAAGCAUCCUUAUCAGGUGUCUGACAUAAUUAGAAGCAGUAUAACAUUUUACUGAAUUCAAUAUUUAUUAUUUCACAGAUGUGCAGGCUGAUGUGGUUGUCACAGGAAACCCACAACCUGCACGUAUACUGUACUGUUAAUAUUGAACUGUUUGUUCUUCCCAGACUCCUCAUUUAACUGUGUUGCCACUGGAUUCUAUUCAGCCUUUAAAUAUUCCUUAAUAGUCUUUGGCUUAUCGAACUCAAAAAGAAAAUUGUCCUGGUUCAUAGAUAUUUUUAAAAGAUUAAUUUAUUGCUUAGCCUUGUUGCCUGCCAGUGAACAGACUGUUAGGUGUUGUCCUAGGCUCAUGUGAGCCUUGUAUCUGAUAAAAUGAAGUGCAUCUAUCAAGACCUCAGGGUCUGGCGUUAUUUUAUUGUUGUGCACAUCCAAUACAUUGAAUAUAUGUGAUGCUAAGAUUUGAGGAGUAUAAUUACUGUAUUUGCACUGUUGGUCAUGUGCUGUAAAAGCAUCUCAUACUGUUUUAAGACAGGUUGUUUUUGCAAUUAAAUUUAUUUUAAUUAAGAUUAUCAUGAAUAAAAUUUUAAAUAAAGUAUAAUUGAUAUUUCUGUAAUUAAGGUUUAUAGUUUAAACUGCUUUUAGGGAUUUUGUGUUGAGGUAUAAAUAUUUGACACUUGCACUUGUAAUUGAAUAUAUGUUCUUGUUUUUUGCCUAGAGUUUUCCCAACUUUUCUAAAAACUUAGAAUAAUUUUUCAGUAGAUAGCUUUUUUCAUUUUUUUAUUCUAAAUGCAAUUAGAUAUAUUGUAGCGAAAACCUCUUUAGCCAUUGAAAAAGGAUGAUUGACAAGUGAAGUAUCCAGCAACAAUUUGAAAUUAAUCUUUUUUCGAGUGACAGGAUGUCUCAGACUUAAUGUGUAUAAUAUGUGUUAUUGGCAGGGUAUAUAUAAUCUUUCUGUGUGUGUAUACGCACACACACUCAUACAUGCAUAAAAUAUACACACUUGAACACCCUUCCCCCUUUUUUAAACAAAAAUGAGCUCAUUCUAUCAUGUACUUAUCUGUGAAGCGUUCUUUGGCUUCCAUUUGAAUCACCGGUGUCCCUGGCUGCGGUUCAGUGUCAGGGUCAGUAGUUUGCCUGUCAUAUGUAUCGUUUUGACUCAGUUGUCCUUCGUCUCAAGAUCUCGUCUAGAGCCUAAGAUACUAUAUUUAAAGAAAAGAAUAAUCAUUUCA